CAUUGACUUCAGUUGAAAGUUUUUCCUGACAAGUUGUUAUGUAAACUUGUUUUAUUUGAUCUUUGGUUUCUUGUCGUAAAACCCUGUAAUCUAAGAUGUGAUUUAAAGAUUAUUGUCUAUUCUAUUGAUUAUAUUUAGUUUUGUGUCUAAAUCCAAAUUAUCAUUAACAGUCCAACAUCUUUGCGUUGUAAUACUCAUCUUUGCUCAUCUAUAAGACAGAAGCCAGCAAAAUUUUCACAAUGAUCAACACAGGUGCACUUGCAGGUCGGACAGUUUUCAUUACCGGUGCUAGUCGUGGUAUUGGUAAGGCAAUCGCCCUCAAAUUGGCAAAAGAUGGUUGUAAUGUAGCCAUUGCUGCUAAAACUGUUGAUCCUCAUCCUAAAUUACCAGGGACCAUAUAUACUGCAGCUAAAGAAGUUGAGGAAGCUGGUGGAAAAUGUUUACCUCUCCAGGUUGACAUUAGAUACGAGGAUCAAGUUAAAGAUGCCAUUGAAAAGACUGUUGCUAAAUUUGGUGGACUUGACAUUGUUAUCAAUAAUGCUAGUGCUAUUAACUUGACUUCCACAGAAGCUGUUGACAUGAAGAGAUACGACUUGAUGCACAAUAUCAAUACCAGAGGUACUUUUGUCACUUCUAAAUCUGCCAUUCCAUUCCUGAAGAAAUCAGAUCAUGCCCAUAUCCUCAAUUUAAGUCCACCUUUGGUGAUGAACUCUAGAUGGUUUAAACCUCAUGUUGCUUAUACCAUGGCUAAAUAUGGUAUGUCUAUGUGUGUUUUGGGAAUGUCUGAAGAGUUCCGUGAUGACAAAAUUGCUGUCAAUGCCUUGUGGCCUAAAACUGCUGUCUGGACUGCUGCAAUGAAUGUUAUUACUGAUGGACCUGAAAUAAGAAAAGUUUGUCGUAAACCUGAAAUACUUGCUGAUGCUGCUUACGCCAUUCUAUCUAAAUCUCCCGAAAAAUUCACUGGAAACUUCUGUGUUGAUGAAACUUUACUUAAACAAGAGGGUAUUACUGAUUUUGAUCAAUAUGCUGAGGUCAAGGGUGAAAAAUUGAUGUUGGACUUCUUUUUACCUGAUGAAUACUAUGUUGGUGAAGAACUUCCAGAAAAAUUCGGUGAUGUCAAAGAUGCAAAAGAUGGUUCUAAAGUUGAUAGAGUCUUCAAAGGAAUCAAAGGCUUGCUCGAUGAUAAUUUGAAGAAACAAAUCAAUGCUCUUCUACUUUUCCAAGUUUCUGGUAAAAAUUGGAUAGUAGACGCUCAUGAAAGUAGACCCAUAACGGUCAGCCAGAAUGAGAAUCCUGUGGAUAAUCCAGAUGUAACUUUGAUUACAGAUGAAGAAACAUUUUAUAAAAUGGCAAAGGGUGAGGUCAAGGCAACCAAUGCUUUCAUGUCAGGAAAGUUAAAGAUUAAAGGAAACAUCGCUGUCGCAAUGCAGUUGGAAAAGUUAUUUGGUAAAAUUAAGGCAAAACUAUAGAUAGCUUUUCAAUCGUUCCUGAGAAUUUCCUGAAUUUUAUUUUAAUAGAAUGAUUUUUUUGAUAACUUCUUUAAAAGAGAUGAAAAUUUUGUUAUCCAAUAGGCUCUUAUAUGAAACAUUUAUUAAUAAACGUUUUCUUAAAUACCAAAAA